AUGUCGGCCGUGCCCAAGCUAUUCAUACUGAAUUGGGGAUAUGAAAAGGCUCUGGAGACCACGAGGGCCAGUAACGAGAAGCUCGGGCUCGGAUACAUCGACCUGUAUCUACUUCACGCCCCAGGCGACGCAGCGACACGCGAAGAGACUUGGCGUGCACUUAAGGAGCUGCAUGAACAGGGAGUUCUAAAGGACAUUGGCGUGUCCAACUUUGGUGAAGCUCAUCUCGAAAAACUCUUGAAAACUGCCAAAGUGAAGCCCGCAGUGAACCAGGCUAUUAAGCUCACGAACCCAACGCUACUUGAGAUCGCCACCGAGGUGGAUGCAACUCCCGCUCAAGUGCUAGUGGCUUUCAGUCUGGCGAACGACUUCAUCACGUUGCCAAAGUCCGUGAACCCUGAGCGCCAGAAGGCCAAUUUGGAAGCUGCGAACGUCAAGCUGACACCUGCGCAGAUCGCCAAGCUCGUCGCACUGGACGAGUACUUGGUCACGGGCUGGGACCCCAUCAAGGACCAUGCUGUCUAA